CGAACUCCGAAUGAUUUCGAACAAUUCAUCACUCUCUCUUUUCUCCGGCGAAGUCAAACUGCAGCAAACAUCGACGAGUCUGAUGACUGAUAUACACCAAAGUCGAGAAUCGGUACUAAUUAUUUUUUCUGCAUCUUUGAAUCACAUAAUGAUUUGAGCAAAAACUGCUAGAAACCUUGGAAAUCAGUGGGUGUUGAACUUUGGGUGGCUUAUCUUUCUUAUCCAUGGCCAACCAGUUUUGUGCGAAUGUUGAAAGUGAAAUGGUCAAAGCUGUUGCUGCAGCUGUCCUCAAGGGAAACUGGGACAAUCUUUUGAAGCCUAAAAUCGGUUCAUUUCUGACUUCCACCACUAUUAGCCAAGCCCUUCUUGAUAUAUCACAAUAUUGUUUCUCCCGUUCAUGGUCAUUCUUUAAGUGGGCUGAAUCAGUUCCCAAUUACAAGCAUUCUUUGCAAUCUUCUUGGACUAUGAUUUACAUACUCACCAAACAAAAACACUUCAAAACUGCACAAGAUAUGCUUCAGAAGGUGGCACGUAAAGACUUUUUAUCAUCGCCGACAGUUCUGAAUGCCCUUGUGAGCUCCAAUCAGGACAAGGAUGUGAACUCGCAUCUUUUAAGUUGGUUGGUUAUUUUCUAUGCUAAUUCAAAGCUACCUCAUGAUGCAAUUCAAGUUUUUGAGCGUAUGAGGGUUUGUAAGCUUAUGCUCCAUACACAUGCUUGUACUACCCUUCUGAAUUCAUUGGUCAAGGAUGGGUUGACUGAUACUUUAUGGAAAACUUACAAAAAGAUGCAAAAAAUGGGGGUGGUUCCAAAUAUAUAUAUCUACAACGUGCUUAUGCAUGCCUGUUGUAAGUCUGGUGAUGUAGAGCGGGCUGAAGAUUUGUUGAGAGAAAUGGAGUUUAAAGCUACACUUCCUGACCUUUACACAUAUAACACAUUGAUAUCAUUGUACUGCAGGAAAGGCAUGCAUUAUGAAGCUUUGUGUGUGCAGGAUAGGAUGGAAAGAGCAGGAGUAUCUCCUGAUAUUGUUACCUAUAAUUCCUUAAUUUACAGUUACUGUAGGGAAGGGAGGAUGAGGGAGGCUAUGAGGCUUUUCAAGGAAAUUAAAGACGCAACCGCUAACCUGGUUACUUACACUACAUUGAUAGAUGGCUAUUGCAGAGCCAACAGUAUUACUGAAGCUUUGAGAUUGAGAGAUGAAAUGGAGGCAAAGGGUUUGUAUCCAGGGGUUGUCACUUACAACUCAAUUCUACGGAAAUUGUGUGAAGAAGGUCAGAUGAAGGAUGCAAAUAUACUAUUAAAUGAGAUGAACGAGAAGAAAGUUGUACCUGAUAAUGUGACAUGCAACACUUUGAUUAAUGGUUACUGCAAGAUCGGGGACAUGAGAUCUGCUCUGAAAGUGAAAACUAAGAUGCUGGAAGCUGGUCUAAAACCUGACCGCUUCACUUACAAUGCUAUGAUUAAUGGCUUUUGUAAGGCAAAGGAUAUAGAUGGGGCCAGAGAGAUCUUAUUUGACAUGGUUAGCGUUGGACUUUCUCCCAGUUAUUACUCAUAUUCGUGGCUUGUGGAUGUUUACUGCCACCAGAAUAAUGAUAUAGCAGUUCUCUCAUUGAUAGAUGAGUUUAUAAGAAGAGGUUAUCUUGUUGACUUAUCCUUUUAUAGGGCAAUAGUAAGGAGGCUGUGCAAGAGAGGUAGAAUUGAUAGUGCUGAAAAGGUUUUCCACAUUAUGCAAACAAAGGGAGUGCUUGGAGAUAGUCUAGUAUAUGCUACUCUUGCAUAUGCUUAUUUUAAAGUAGGGAAGCUUGAUGCUGCUUCAUAUUUGUUAGACGAGAUGUACAGAAGAAGGCUAAUGAUAACUCUCAAAAUCUACAAAAGUUUUAAUGCUUCUUACUCUGAUGAGAAUAGCCUUUUGGAUAUGUUUUGGAGUAAUGUGGUGCAAAGAGGUCUGAUUUCAAGAACCGUUUACAAUGACAUCCAGCAAUUAAAGAUACAGUCUUAGAAACAAAUUGGCUGCAGAAGCCUUUGAUUCUUGAGAGAUGGUUAUAGUAGCUGGAUGGUGUGAUAUAAGCAUUGGCACUCUCUGUUAUUUGUUAUGAUUCUAAUUGUUAUGCCCUCACAAGCUCCUAUUGGAAAUAUGAUGAGAGAACACACUGGCAACUUCUCUUUAUUAUAAACUUGUGAUUCAAGGCAAGAAGUAUAUAUGGAGAAGUUUGCAUAUUUCUUAGUUUGUUCAUGUCCAACUAUUGAUCAAGAAAGCACAUGGAACAAGGAUUUGUUGGACAAAAUGCCAUGCGAAAAUGUGGGGGAACAAACGGCAAUGAUUAUAGGAUACAUGCAACAUAAUAGGGCGGAAGUUCAUUGGAUUUAAUUAUCAAAUGACUGCUCGCGAUUGGGCAAAAUGCACAGGUUAAGGGCAAGAGUAAAAGAGAGCAAAGCAGAGAAACUACAAUGAUGCAGUAAACAUUAGCAUCAUUGUUUCUCUGUGGGUAUGACAUUAGGCGACAGGCAGUGGAGAUUCUACUAUCUUCAACUGUACAGGUGAUGGAUAUGACUCAGGCUUGCCAUGAAGUCAGUUUGUAUUACUUGGACAAUUGAGCCAUAAGCAUGAAGUGAAAUGCAUUCAUGUAAAUCUUUUUUAUUUAUCCAUGUUGAUGCCUGGUAUUUUCUUUUUUCUUGAAAUAGUAUCAUGCUCUGAUGAGGCUUUUGGUUUUGUUCAAAGGCCGGGGCAUUUAACAGGGGAUCCAUGAUAGGGAUAAGUGAUGCAUAGGAGAUCGAUGAUGUAAAAAUAAGAGAUCUUUUCGUAGUUAUUUUCUUUUAUUUAAAUUGUAACAGUUAUUUUGUUGUC